GAAUCUAUGACGCCCACAACAUCUACCACACCUGCCAGUUCAUCACCAAUAAAUACUUCAUCCAUGCAGACGUCAGUUGAAUCCACAACAAGUGAAAGUGAAUCCAUGACGCCCACAACAUCUACCACACCAACCAGUUCCAUACCAGCACAGACGUCAGCUGAAUCAACAACAAGUGAAUCCAUGAUGCCCACAACAUCUACCACAGAAUCAACAACAAGCGAAUCCAUGACGCCCACAACAUCUACCACACCAACCCUGCAAAGUGCUUCCCCAUCAACUACCAUAAAUACUUCAUCCAUGCAGACCAUAAAUACUUCAUCCAUGCAGACGUCAGCUGAAUCAACAACAAGUGAAUCUAUGACACCCUCACCAGCAUCAACUACCCAGAAUACUGAAACUACAAAGAGUACCACAACAAGUGAAUCCAUGAUGCCCACAACAUCUACCACACCAACCAGUACUUCGGCUGAGUCAACAACAAGUGAAUCUAUGAUGCCCACAACGUCUACCACACUUACCAGUUCAAUUCCAACCCAGAAUACUGAAACUACCAAGAGUACCCUGCAAAGUGCUUCU